ACCAACACUGAAAACUGGGUCUGAUUGCGUUGGUUGUGUUAAAGAGGUGUAAAUGUGGUUCAGUCGGUUUAGUAGUUAGUUAACUGUCCUGUCAGAAACAGGGGCUACAGUUCUGUAAUUCUGUUUAGACGUGGUCAAGCUUCGUCGCCUUGCGUUUGGGAUUUUCCUUUCAGGUUACAACUUCAAGGAAGUAGACGCUGAAAGUCCGUUCAUGGAAAAGUAAGCUAACGGUGUUUUGUACGUUGUAGUUUCAAGUGAGCCUCGCUUUUCACGCUUUCUUCAUGUUUUCCAGUCGUGGGUGGAGCAGACUAAAGCCAUACAUAACUGAGCUGCAGAUGUCCACAAGGUCCAGCGAUGGCAUCCUCAACACAGAUGUCUCAUGAUUUCGCACCAGGGACAGACGUAAGGGAGACAGUGAAGGCUCGUCUGUUGGCAUCGCAGAAGCUCCUGGUAGUAUCUUUAUACAAUGUGGCCCCACUCCUGGACUGUGUCCUGGCUGCUAGUCUUCUGUCUCAGGAUAACUACCAUGAGAUAAAAGCUGAAAAGACCCCGCAAAACCGUGCCCGCAAACUGCUCGAGAUUGUCCAGGCUCAAAUGGACGAAAGUGAGGCCACUCGCUUUCUGGAGUGUCUGAGAGAAUGCAAGCAGCACUACCCACGUCUGCGCACCUGGCUGUCUGCUGAAACAGAGAUCCCAAGUGGACCUACAGAGCGGCAGUUACAGGCCCACUUUUAUUCUCUGUGUGGCCGUAUGAGCUCCUCUGUGCUGCCCAUCUCUCUGGCUCUCUUCUCCAGCAGCACCUUGACCCAGUUUGACCUUGAGCGGAUCCAGGCAGCACCCACCCCCACCCAGCAGACCCAAACCCUGCUGUCCAUCUGCCUGUCUAAAGGAGAGAACGCAUGCAAAAGCUUCUAUGAGGCUCUUUACAGUGAAGACCAGCAGUUAGCUGAGGAUAUGAAUGUUACUAGUUUGGAGAAGGAUCUACCAAGUCUGUCGCUUAACUGCGAUUCUGAGUCCAGCAGUGUUGCCAUAGCAGUGGAGGAGACCAGAGACACAGCAAGACACCUGCCUUACUCAGGAGUACUGCAGCAGGUCAAGGCUCAGCUGGGAGAAGCUGUGGGAGAUGAAGCCAGACUAAACGUGUGUGAGCUUGGGGUGGCAGUGGGGCUGCCACGCUGGACGGUCAGAGAGUGUCUUCUGGAGGGAGUCAGCAUAGAGGAUGCUUCUCAGCUGGAGGCUGUGGUGUCCCUCUUCAUGGACAAGACCCAGGAGGCUGAUCGGCUCAUGAGCAGAGUAGCAGAACUGGGCAUUCAAAGGCUGCAGCUCUCUGAGAGGGGCUGCUUGUCCCUGAAGUUGCUCCAGGAGGCUGAAGCUGUCCUCCGCAGUGGCAGCCACAGCCACCCACACACCUGGGACCACUUGCAUGAUCAAGAGCACCUGCAUGGCCCAGACCAGCUGCAUGUCGGGGACUGUGGCGAGCAGUGCAGGGUGUGGGCCAUCUUCAGCUUUCUACUGUGGGACUGCCUGGCCGAGGCUCUGGAGGAACCAGAGAUGAAGCCCAAUAGCUGGAGUAAAGGAGGAAGCCUAGCUGGAGUGCUGCAGCAUCUCCAGGGCUGCGAGAGGGUGGAGGCUGUUCUACUGAAGGAGCUAGAGCAGUGCUGGGAGGAGGGAGGAGGUGAGAACCUACUGCAAAGCAUCAGGCUUCUGGCUCAGAUUUUGAGGGACUUGCACCCUCUUCAGAACUACCUAAAACUUUCCGGACCUGUGGAUGGACUGUACACCUGUAGACUAAGCAGGAUCCACAGGGUCACCUCUUUCCAGGGCAUUUCUGCCAGAGUCAUCCGGAAAGCCCUGAACAGUGUCAUUCCUGCCUCAGUGCACCAAGAUUUGAUGCCACGAGCGCAACAAUACAGGGAUGUGUGUCUUAAGGUUGCACGAUUGCUGCAUACAGUACAGCCAGAAAGGGGCAUUAGUGACUUCACAGAUGCUCCCAUUGCUGAAGUCACCCAGCACAUUUGCCUUGUGCUUUCAAGGCCAGCUUUUAACUCUCAAGCCUUUGACGCUGGAAUUCGGCACCGCUUACUGGCUCUCAUAGAAUUUAAUCCUGCACAACUGGGCCUUGGCCCCCUGAUGCAGCUGCACCAGGAGACCCUGUCUGACCUUCUCCACUACCUUCAGCCAGGAGAGCACCACAGCUUCUGGUUUGACGUACAAUCCGUUCGAGUGCUCGGGCAGCCGCGGCUGCUUUCAGUCAGCAGCACCAGGGGGCUGGUUGCCAUUGACAAUGGGGUGGAGGAGAACUUUCGUUUCAUAACGUCUGAGGCAACUUCCUUCCUGGUGCGGCUCCGCUGCCUUGGCUACGAGGAGGCCAAAGGACACUUCUUGGUUAGCGAGCCACACUGCUUCUCCGCCUCACAGCUGGGGGAGGAAAGCCAAUGUGCCAUUCGCUGGCUAGGGGGGCAGAUUUUGGCAGAGAAAGAAAAUAAAAUGUGGAUGAGAGAAGGAGGAAGUGGAUGGAGGGAGGAACUGCAGACUGUGGCACAGAGACAUUCUGUCCAGCUCUUUGACGAGGGCUGCCUCUUCAAGGUCACAACCUUUGAGAUAGAGUGUGAGGUCAAGUUCAUCUACAGGUGUGGGAGGCUGUGGGCUAAAGCACAGAAAGGCUGUGAGGUGCUUUGAGACAGCACUUUACGACUGUAGGAUUAGGGUUAAAAAGUAAAAAUGCUGAGAAUUUUGCCCAAAGAAGUUACACAGUGUACACAGUUUAAAAACUGAAUAAGUCUACCACUAGGUGUUAACAUGUAAUAGACCUAGAGAACAGCUAAAAAUUAGCUGGUUUUAGUGGUGGUUGGAAAGGUUUAUCACAUUUAUAACAAAAAUGUAUGUUAGUCAAAAUGUCAUACAUAUUCUAAUUUUCAGUUUCACCUUAAUUGGAGCAGCAGUUAUAUUCUGGCACCGUACAGGCACCUGCACUAUUUAAGGCGGAACAGGAAAUUUUAAUAAGAGACCAACUAUGACGAACUCAGAGGAGCACAUGCCAACCUGUCCCCAAUUUGAAACUUAGUCACUUUUUCCCCCAAAGAUUUUUUAAGGUCAUCUGUCUCAUAAAAGCAAACCAUACAUAUGUGCGUCCAGCCCCUAGAUUCUAGUGGAAUUUGGAAGAAUGAACCGGUAUACUGCCCACUACUAGCUGUUUCUUUUGCUCUUCUGUACAAAAAGCCCCAGCAGCUCACUGUAGACCAAACACUGUAACUCUAAUGUCCAACUAAAAGGACACUUCAGUUUCAGUCCCCCCCCAUUAGCUUGUAGUUAAGUUAAGUUUUCAUCCAAAAGCAACAUCUGAAUGCAAAAUAAAUAUAAUUUAUGCAAUUAAAUAAAAAAGGCAAAUAAUCAUGUCCAUUUAGGACAGGCAAAAACUAAACAGUGGCCAGUUUGAGCUGAAAAGGGUAAAGCUAAAAGCUGGAGCCAUUUGAAAUGCAGACAACUGUGGUGCAGGCCAUAAUGGGGAAAUAUGCAAAAACAUUCCUCCAAACAUUUUUGUUGUAUGAAUUGUGUUAACAUCACUUUUACAGUUACAUGAAAUAGUACACAACACACUAUACUGCCAAAAGUAUUCGCUCAUCUGCCUUCGCACACAUGAAAUUGAGUGAGAUCCCAUUCUUAAUCCACAGGGUUUCAUAUAAUGUCGGCCCACCCUUUGC